AUGAGGCCUCCGCGACCUGACACUUUGCGGCAACUUUUCAAGGAACUGUCGGAGAAAAGUUAUCCAAAAUUCAAUGUAACCCAAGACGGCGAGAAGCUGAUUCCUUUCUUCAACUCAGAGCACGACACGCUCAUUGUGACCACCGUGAGUCUGCUCAGACUGCUGAUCACCGCGAGAAUUAUCCAUGCGGAUGCGACGUAUAAAGUAUGCCCGAAGCUGAUUUGCAAGCAGCUCUUCACGAUACACGGGAAUUGGGGAAGUAUGAUCGGAAUCGUGGCGUUCGCGUUCAUGAAUAGAUCUGACGCCGAAGCCUACAAGUGGGUCUUCCAACAGUUGAAAGAUGCUGUCCCUGAACUUACGCCAACAAGUUAUAUGGGAGACUGGGACCCCGCGAUGAGGAAGGCGGUCCGUUCCGAAUUCCCGAACGUUCACCUUUACGGGUGCCACUUUCAUUUUUCUCAGAGCUUGGUCAAAAGAGCUCGACAGUCGACUUCAGGCGUGGGGCGAGAGAUUCGGAAGCCCGGCACGAUCCUGUCACACUUUCUGGGAUUUUUAAGCUUGCCCUUGCUACCACCGGAGCUGAUCGAACCGACAUACGAGGUUCUUGCGGCCCGGGCGAGAAACGUUCAUAUCGGGUUUCCCGGAUUUCUCGAUUACGUCGAGUCUCACUGGCUACGAAGAGUUGGUCCUCAAGACCUCUCCGUAUUCGGCCUCCGCCAGCGGACGAACAACGAUGUCGAAGCUAACAAUGGCAAACUCCUGCGGAAAACCGGCCCUCACGGCCCGACGUGGUCGCUUUUGGCGACCAUGACGGAAAUGGCCCAAGACGUCGUUGUAGACAAGAUGAUAGAUUCAAGAGGAGUCAAGCACAUCCUUUCCAGACCAGACAAGGCAACGAAAUGGAAUAAGCUCAGAAUGAGCACAUCAUGGGAGCUUCUGACGCAAGGAGAGAUCUCCGCUCUCGAGUUCAUUGACCGGGUGAAAUACAAGGUCGGGAAGAAGAAUCACAUGCUCACGGUUAUGGAGCAGGGUGAAACCAUGGAUCCGAUGCUUGAAACUUGGUUGAAGGAGCAGAGCUCUAGGUUUCCUAGAGAGGAUUCCAAGAUCGACAUGAGCAUGAUGGGUGAUCACACCUAUGCGAAAAGUUCGUAUCCAUGGCGAUUUAUUGAGAGUCUGCCUGAUGAGCCAACUUCAACCCAUGAGCCAAGCAGUGAUGGGAAAAAACGUAAAAUCGAAGACGCAUCCGGAGGAAUACUGGGACUGGUCGAGAAGGUCCCAGUUUCCGGGCUGGCGGUCAGCGAGUACGAUCUGAGAACUCUAGCCGGCACAAGUUGGCUGAGCGACGUCAUCAUGAACGCGUAUCUCAAUCUGAUCGUGAAGCGCUGCACGGACAUCCCGGAGCUUCCAAAAGUGUACGCAUUCAGUACGUUUUUUCUCCUGUGUUACAAAAGACACGGUUAUGCCGAAGUUUCGAAAUGGACGCGCUCGGUUGAUGUAUUCGCUCAUGACAUACUACUCAUCCCUGUACAUACGACAAACCAUUGGUGCAUGGCGAUCAUCGAUUUUCGGACGAAAGUCAUCAAGUAUCUAGACUCUCUAGGAGGCAGGAAUGACGACUGCUUGACAAUCUUGGGCACGUAUCUGGCCGAAGAGAUGGAAAACAAGAAGAAUCGCAGACUCGAUCCCGGAGAGUGGAAUCUCCAGCAUGACGCCAAUCUUCCCCAGCAGCAGAACGGGUUCGAUUGUGGGGUGUUCGCGCUGAAGUAUGCGGAAUAUGCCGCGCGAGAUGCAAAGAUGGAUUUUAAGCAGGAGGACAUGCAAUCGUUCCGAGAGAGCAUGAUGCUGGGGAUUGCGGAAGCAUCUCUAAGCCCGAGUAUCCCCGUAACAUCUGUACCAUAUUCUCAAUAA